UUGCACUAAACUAUUUCAACUAAAUAACACCUCAGUUAUGAAGCUUCUACUUUUCUUGAGCGCCCUGUCCAUCGUGCUCUAUGGAUUUGUAUAUGGAAAUCCACCAGGAAUCAACACCGUGAAAGCAGCAAUAAAACUGCAUAACUGGUUGGCUCCAUGCAGGGACCCUCCAAAUACUUAUAUUUAUGGAUCCAGAAAUGAGUGUUCAAGGAAAUGUUCCGGACAUUGCGCCACGUGCAAUUCAACAUGUAUCUUUGGAAAGAGGUGUGUCUGCGGCACAGAUACCUAUUGCAUGGUUGACAUGGACUUAACUGUCGUGGCACCAGGUGAACCGUUGAGGCAAAAAUGCUAUCCCGUUUCCCAAUUAAUUUAGAGACAUUUAAAGAAUGCCACAUGACAAUUUUACGUAUUUUCAAUGUAUAAAAAAUUAUUAAC